GAACAGCGUAGUGGGUGUACUGGUACGUGGCAUUGGAUGCUCAUUUAACUCUCUGUCUCUCUUGUAGCCGCUGUUCUUCUUGUGGGAACCUGUAGCAGCGACAGGAGGAAGCUGCGAAGGAAGUGGCGAAGCAGCAACUGCCUCCAUCAACAUUCCGGUGCUGGAUUUUAUUCAUCCCAUACCGAAUACAAAGCGGAAGGCGAAGGAUCAGCAGAAAAGAAUAGUUUGCUCGCCAAAUCUGGUGCUGGAAUUCGCAUCGAUCUACCUACAUUUCAUCAUGUAUGUGAAUGUUAAUCUACGCAGGGUAUGGUUUCUACCUUCUACUUCCAGACUGGAAAACUUUAAUUGAUUGCCCAAGUCAAUAACACCUCAUGCCCCACGCAAUUUUAAUGGAGUUCAACCACUCCUGGUCCAUUUCGGCUACAGUGCCGUGGAAGUCUUUCAAAUAGCCGCACCUUCUUAAUUUUUCUUUCCUAACGUGUCAUCCUGCGGGCCUCAGUCACAAACCUGCAUUGAUCCAUAACUUCUUAAGGAUGCUUGUGCAAAUCUCGGCAUAGCUGAGCUCACACCUUGACAAUAAUCAUCCUUACUGUGCCAUUCCAAUUUCAAGAUUUAGAAUCCAUCAUGCUUCUGCUUAUUAAAGCAACUUGACAACAGUGGUGAUCAGCAAUUUAGUUGGUGAUGGAUCGGAGAAGUUGGCCCUGGAAGAAGAAGUCAUCUGAAAAGGAUGUCAAUGGCACCACUAAUUAUGUACAAAUUUCCGCUGAGACAUAUGCAAACCUGAUUGAUCUGGAAGAACAAGUGAAGAUCUUAAAUGAGAAAUUAUCUGCAGCAGAAAGUGAGAUAACAACUAAAGAUAAUCUAGUCAAACAGCACAUUAAAGUUUCUGAAGAAGCCAUUUUAGGUUGGGAAAAAGCUGAAGCUGAAUCCUCUGCACUGAAAAAUCAACUGGAAUCUGUCACUCUGUUGAAGCUUACAGCUGAAGAGCGUGCAUCUCAUCUUGAUGGUGCCCUGAAAGAGUGCAUGAAGCAGAUAAGGGAUGUGAAGCAAGAAAGUGAAGAAAAACUACACGAUGUGGUCUUUGCCAAAACCAAGCAAUGGGAAAAAGUCAAAACUGAGCUUGAGGAAAAACUAACUGAUUUUGAGCAGGAACUACUUAGAGCUUUUGCUGAAAAUGAUGCACUUUCAAGAUCUCUUCAAGAGCGAUCAGAUAUCCUUGUGGAAGUCAACAAUAAAAAAAUAGAAGCUGACACUGAAAUUGAAUUGUUGAAAAGCAAUAUUCAAUCUUGUGAAAAGGAAAUUCGUUCUCUGAAAUAUGAGCUGCAUGUAAUUUCUAAGGAGCUUGAAAUUCGGAGUGAAGAGAAAAAUAUGAGCAUAAAGUCUGCUGAUGUGGCCAGCAAGCAACAUUUGGAGGAUGUCAAGAAAAUAUCAAAGUUGGAAGCAGAGUGCCAAAGGUUACGAGGUCUUGUUAGGAAAAAGCUUCCAGGUCCUGCUGCAUUGGCACAAAUGAAGCUAGAGGUUGAGAAUUUAGGCUGUGACCAUGCUGAGAGUAGACUGAAACGGUCACCUUCUUGGAAUCCUAGCCCACAUUUCAUGUCAACUGCAACUCCUGAUUAUGCUUCUGAUAGCAUCCUCUCAUUGAAAAGGGAAAAUGAAUUUCUUACUGCUCGUUUAAAUGCAAUUGAGGAAGAAACAAAAAUGCUAACAGAGGCUUUGUCAAAACGGAACAGUGAGCUACAGAUGACAAGAGAUAUGUUUGCUAAAACAGCAAGCAGGCUUAAGAGUGUUGAAUCACAGUUUCUGUCGUUGAGCCAACAGAAGAUCUCACCAAAACCAGGCAUUGACAUCUCUUUUGACUCUACCUUAAGACAGUAUGAACACAACCCCCGACUCUGCACCUACAUGUCUGAAGAUGGAACAGAUGUGGAUACAAUUUAUUCUGAAUCUUUGGCUACAACAUUAUUGCCAGAUCUAUCACAAUUCAGUUCAGAAAAAGAGACUAAUAUGGAGCUUAUGGAUGAUUUUCUAGAGAUGGAGAAAUUAGCUUGUUUGACAUCGAAGUCCAAGGACAUGACUGCUACAAUUGCUUCCCAUGAGUUUGAUGUGGUGGAAACUCAAAAUGCUGAUGUCGAUAUAUUAGAUAUUCACAAGGAUAAUACCAACACAGAACAGAUGAUGUCAGGGAAGGGAGAAAAUCUUCUUUUUCCUGAUAUUAGAGGAGAACCUGAAAGGAAUGAACUUGGUUCUCCCUUGAUAAAACUUCAGUCAAGAAUUGUUUCUAUUCUUGAAUCGCUGCCUCAGGAAGUUGACAUUGCUAGAGUUCUUGAUGAUAUAAGAUACAUUAUGCAAGACACACAGGAAAAAUCAUCUGGGCAUUCUAUGAGCUGUGUCAUCAAAGAAAGCAAUACUUUUGAUACUUUUUGCAAUAAAAAGCCAAUCAAUAGCGACAUGGAUGACCCUACUAGUACCAGCAUUUCUUCUGAGAAAGAGAGCAAUACAUUCCCUGAUGAUAAACAAUUCUCAAAUCAGGGGCUAAAGAAUGCAUUAUCUGAGAUUCAUAAUUUUGUAUUAGUCCUUGGUAAAGAAGCCACAGAACCACAGUAUAGGUCAUCUGAUGUUCGAGGACUAAGUGAAAAAAUCCAACAAUUCUCUUAUUCUGCCAAGAAAAUUAUUGUCGAUGAAGAUACUUUGAGUGACCUUGUUGGUGCUUUAUCACAUGUUUUAUCUGAAGCCAGUAAAAUGGGUUUAAGAAUUACAUUUGGUAUGGGCUCUGACUGGGAGGGUAAUAGUUCAGAUUGUAUAGACAAGGUAACAUUACUGGAGAAUGGAGUGACACAACAAGAACCAAUAGAUGAGAAUCUUUCAGGCAAUUUUAAUGCUUCAACUCAAUCUUUUUCUCAUCCAGAGAUUGAAGGGACUAAUGGCAACAACUCAGAAGAAAGGAACACGAUGAGUAAACAAUCCUGGGAGGAAUUUCAACAGAUGAAAAUGGAAAAAGAAAAUGUGCAAAUUGAACUUUCAAAUUGUACUGAAUUAUUGGAAGAGACAAAAACUCAGCUUGUUGGAACUGAACAAAGGCUGGAAAUGCUUAAAUCUGAAUUGGCUGCAAGCCAAAGAUCAAUCAGCUUGUCUGAAACUCAGUUGAAGUGUAUAACUGAGUCCUAUAAUUUGCUGGAGUCACGCAUGAAGGAAUUAGAAACUGAAGUCAACCAACUACAUAUAGAAGUUCAAACUUUAAACAAUGAGCUUCAGGUAGAAAGGAAACUUCAUCAAGAUGAUUUAGCUAAACUGAAAGAUCUUCAAGAGGAAAUUGAGAGGAAUGCGAAAGACACAAGAAAAUCAGACUCUACAAAGCAGGAGAAAGAAAUAUCAGCUGCAGCAGAGAAGCUGGCUGAGUGCCAAGAAACCAUACUUCUUCUUGGGAGGCAAUUGCAAGCGUUGCGGCCGCCAACAGAGAAGCUGGAGUUUUCUCCAAAUUCUAUACAUCAAAUACAUAAUCAAGAUGCACCAGUUUCUAUUGCCUUAAACAAAACAGCGCACUCGGUAUCCAAGACGGGAAGUACACCAACAAUGGCAAAUAAACUUCCCUUGGAUGGGUCUUCCUCCUCGAUUAGCCUAUCAGACACUGAAGCAAGUCAUCUUCUGAAAUCACCUAUCAACUCCAAGCAACAAAUGUAUUGGUCACCUGGAUCGUCUUCUCCGAGUGCUUUGCCUGAGAAACAUGGCCGUGGAUUUAGUCGGUUUUUCUCCAAAGGGAAAAGUGACAAUUAGCUUACAGUUUAUGCAUCAAGAUGAUAAAUAUUCUUCAGAUGAAGCAUAAAUGGACAUACAGUGAUCUUUGCACAUCGUCAGUGAAGAAAUGCAGAUGCUGUCUCAUCUGUGGCUUGUCUUUCUAUCCAUGCACAUUUAUGUAAGUGAUCAUCGUGGAAAUCGAUUUCUCAAGAAGGGAAAAAAACAACAAAAUCGUAAAAGAAAAAAAAAAUCGAUGUACAAACUUUCAUUUAAGCUGCUGCUUUUGAAGAUUUUGUGUUGGUUCAUGAA